AUGCCCAUAAAUGCAAAAUCCUACAUCAUCGCCCCAACCCCUCGAAUCCCAAACUCCCCCCACCCCCUCCUCCACUACCCAGGCCUCUUGAAAGAAACCGUCACAUCCCCCACCUUCACCCCCACCCAACUCACAGAUCUCUACGCCAAAAACGGGUGGCAAACCCAAUGGAUCGCAAAGUACGGUGCAGACAUUCAAUCUCAUUAUCAUUCCACCACCCACGAAGCCAUGACCGUCAUCUCGGGUGCGGGCGCCACAAUCCGCUUUGGGGUUGCCGAUGCGCCAGAUUGGAAGCCUGGUAUGUACGCGCCGGGUGAAAGGGGUGAGCAUGGCGAGGAAGGCGGGAUUGAGAUUGAAGCACGGAUUGGCGAUGUCUUCAUCAUUCCCGCGGGCGUGGCGCAUAAGACGUUCGCCCCGCGACCAGAGUCGAGCGAUUUGGCAUUUCAUCAGCCCCAAGACGUUGCUGAGGGUAGGGCAGCCGAGGUAAAUGAAAAGACGGAGCAAGAGCGGAGGAGGUUUUUCGAGACGGUCCCGAUUCGGGCGCAGUUUAUGAUGAUGGGGGCGUAUCCGUAUGGUGGCGUCUGGGAUUUUAGCGUUGGAGGGGAGAGGGGGAGAGAGCAUGUGUGGACGGUGCCUGUGCCGGAUAAGGAUCCGGUGUUGGGGGAUAGCAAGGAGGGGCUUGUAGGAGUUUGGAAUCGGUCUGGGCUGGAGAAGUAG